AUGGACGACGUGGAGCCGAAUGAGCAGCAGCUGAAGGACCUGCAGGGGUUCAUGGAGACGGAGCAGCAGAAGGCGGUCAUCCAGGCGGCGAUCAACAAGCUCACCGAGACAUGCUUCGACAAAUGCGUGACGAAGCCGGGCGCCAAGCUCGACUCGUCAGAGGCGUCCUGCAUCUCGAACUGCGCCGGGAGGUACCUCGACUCCUCCGUGUUCGUCGUGUCGCGCAUGAUGCAGAAGCGCGGGCAGGGUCAAUAG